AUGAUCCCCCUACCAUCCAAUGCCAGCCACAGGAUCCUUGUACCAUUGCAUGCUAGUCACAGGAUCCUCCUACCAUCCCAUGCCAGCAACAGGAUCCCCCUAUUAUUACAUGCUAGCCACAGGACCCCCUACCAUCCACUGUCAGCUACCAGACCCCCUACCAUUACAUGCCAUGCUCCCUACCAUCCAGUCACAGGAUCCCCCUACCACCCCAUGCAAGUCACAGGAUCCUCCUACUAUGCCAUGCCACCACAGGAUCCCCCUACCAUUCCAUGCCAGUCACAUGAUCCCCCUAUCAUUCCAUACCAGCCAGAGGAUCCCCCUACCAUCCCUGCCAGCAACAGGAUCCCCCUACCAUACCAUACCGGUCACAGGAUCCCUCUACCAUCCCAUACAAGCUACAGGGUCCCCCUACCAUCCCAUGCCAGCCAGAGGAUCCCCCUACUAUCCAGUGCCAAUGACAGGAUCCCCCUUCCAUUCCAUUCUAGCCAAAAGAUCCCCCUACCAUUCUAUGCCAUUCCAAGACCACUCUAUCAUCCCAAGCCAGCUGUAGGAUCCCCCUACCAACCCAUGCCAGCCACAGGAUCCCCCUUUCAUUACAUGUUAUUAACAGGAUCCUCCUACCAUUCCAUGCCAGUUAAAGCAUCCCCUUACUAUCCCAUGUCAGCCAGAGGAUCCCCCUACUAUCCAGUGUCAAUCACAGGAUCUCCCUACCAUCCCAUGCCAGUCACAGGAUCAUUCUACCAUCCCAUACCAGCCACAGGAUCCCAAUACCAUUCCAUCCUAGCCAAAAGAUUCCCCUACCAUUCCAUGCCAGCCACAGGAUCCCCCUACCAUCCAAUGCUAGCCAGAGGAUUUCCCUACCAUCUCAUGCCGGCCACAGAUAGUGGCUAUUUUUACCAUCCCCGUAAGUUUGAGGGAACCACCAGCCACAUGAUCCCCCUACCAUCAAAUGCCAGCCACAGGAUUCUUGUACCACUGCAUGCUAGUCACAGGAUCCUCCUACCAUCCCAUGCCAUCAACAGGAUCCCCCUAUUAUUACAUGCUAGCCACAGAGCCCCCACCAUCCCAUGCCCGCCAGAUGAUUUUCUUACCAUUACAUGCCAGCCAUAG